AUGAUCCUCUUAGAGUCACGCAAUACAGUGAUAAACGAUGUUCUUUUGGAUCGUUUCGAGAAACCAUCACGGAUGGAUAUCCAAUUUGUCGACUACGAUAAUGUCCGAUUUCAUCUCUCUACCGCUGACUCCAAAACUGUGAUUCUCCUCAGCAUGGGAAUACAAUGUUGGCCCGAUUUGAUCAAGUAUGGAGCAAGAGAACAUUUGCAGAAAGAAUAUGCUGGAUUGGUGUUACCUCCUAAUGAAACGGAACCGGAGUAUGAUGUAACUUUGUCUAUUGAUUUGGAAAAGCUACCUCCGACUGCUGAGGAGAGGUCCGCUUUAGUCCAAAAACUCGCCCUUUUCAAAUCCACAGCCAUGUCAGCACCUUUCCUAGCCGCUUUUGCUGAACAGGCUCAACUUCAAUCUUCGUACAAAGAACCGGCAGGAGCACAACAGUUCGAAUUACCUCCUGCUGAGUCUCAGGGUGAACUCAAGAUUAUCAAGUAUAGAGAGGAAGAAGCCAUGUUCAUUCAGGCUAGACACGAUAGAGUUACUGUUAUUUUCAGCACGGUGUUCAAAGAGGAGACGGAUAGAGUGUACGGUCGUGUUUUUUUGCAGGAAUUCGUCGAUGCUCGGAGAUUGCAAUCUCUUCAAAGUGCACCUCAAGUGACAUACUCGAAUCGUGAACCACCACUGGAAAUCAGACAUGUUCCCGGGUUGAAGAAUGGUGAAGAUUGGGGUUAUGUGACUUUUGUCCUAUUCCCGCGUCACUUUGCCAACCCAACACAAGCACUUUCCACCAUUCAUCGUAUUCAACUUUUCCGCGAUUAUCUACACUAUCACAUCAAGUGUUCAAAAGCAUACAUGCACUCUCGCAUGCGAGCCCGAGUGGCAGAGUUUCUUAAAGUCCUCAAUCGUGCCAAACCGGAAGUAGCGACAGCAGAACGGAAGACUGCCAGUGGACGUACUUUCCAACGACGCUGA